UUUAUAUUGGGGAGCUUUCAAUUAGACGCGUCUGGUUGCGUCUGCGCACGGAGCGGCUCCGCAGAAGAAGAAGCAGAAGAAGAAGCAGAAGCAGGAGGACGGCGGGCAACACCUGGACGGGAAUUAAGACACAAUGCCUUCCAACAAAGAUGACGGUGGAUGGAAGAAGUUUCUGUGGAAUUCGGAGACGGGGGAGCUGAUGGGACGCACGGGCUCCAGCUGGUUCAAAAUUGGGCUGUUUUACGUCAUUUUCUACGGCUGCCUGGCUGGGAUCUUCAUCGGGACCAUCCAGGCCUUGCUCCUCACCCUGAGCAACUACAAGCCCACCUGGCAGGACCGAGUCGCACCCCCUGGCCUUACGCACACCCCGCGGUCCGACAAAUCUGAAGUGGCCUUUAACCUCAACGACCUGGAGACCUACCUGCCUUACACCAGGGCCUUGAGGGACUUCCUGGCUCAGUACGACGACGAAAAGCAGCGCGACCCCACCAAGUUCGACGACUGUGGAGAUGAACCUGCCGACUAUAAGAACCGAGGGAACCUGGAGGACGAACUGGGCAGCAGACGGGCCUGUCGCUUCUCCCGCCGCCUGCUCGGACCUUGCUCCGGCAUCGAGGACCGCGAGUUCGGCUUCAAGGAGGGAAAACCCUGCAUCAUCGUCAAGCUCAACAGGAUCGUCAACUUCUAUCCAAGACCUCCUUCAUCCAAUGAAACCAUCCCUGAGGAGGCCCAGUACAAAGUCCAGCCCAACAUCAUCCCCCUGUACUGCACCAACAAGAAAGAGGAGGACGCCGGUAAAAUCGGGGAAAUUAAAUACUACGGCAUCGGCGGCGGCUUCCCCCUGCAGUAUUACCCCUACUACGGGAAGCAGCUGCACCCCCAGUACCUGCAGCCGCUGGUGGCGCUGCACUUCACCAACCUGACCCUGAACACCGAGCUGAGGGUGGAGUGCAAAGUGUACGGAGAAAACAUCAACUACAGCGACAAGGACCGCUACCAGGGACGCUUUGAUAUCAAGAUCCAGGUUAACAGUUUAUGACCGACGUCAGAGCCAUAGCAUCGCCCACCCCUCCCUCCCUCCCUCCUUUAGUCCAGUCCCUGCCCUUUACGCCCCCCCCCCCGCCCCUGAAUAGAAACCAAUGUAACGUAGACGACAAAUGCAGGAGGGAGGUAGGCUAUAGCAGUUAAGUCAAUCACAACUAGUUAACAAAAACCCUUCUAGGGACUGAUCUGUAAUCUGCUUUCAUCAGUAGCUUCUACACUUCUGUCUAGCAUUAGAAAGUAAUUUAGAGGUGACAUAGCAAUAGGCCUAAAACUAUUUAUUCUGCUGUAAAUGAGAUUUUUCCACAAGCCAUAGGACAUUUACCUGUUCACUGGUGGCUGUUAAGUGUAAUUGCAUCGACCUCCUGUACGUCCCCUCGGCAUAGGGCUGCCGUGUGUGGUUUCACUUUUAUUUUUGGAGUGUGCAGUAGUUGCAAAAUC